CCCAGCCCGGCCCCGCCGAGCGCUCGCCCCGCCGCGCCCGGGUCCCGACUUCCCCUCCGGCCCAGCCCGCAGAGCCCGCGCGCCCCCCGGCCGGCCGCCGCUCGGCCCCGCCGCGCUCGCAGAGGCCGCCAUGCGGCCCGCGCGCUGGCUCGCGCUGGGCAGCCUCCUCGCCCUGGCCGCGCUGCUGGAAGGCCGGCUGGUGGGCGAGGAGGAAGCCGGCUUCGGCGAAUGUGACCGCUUCUUCUACGCCGGGACCCCGCCAGCGGGGCUGGCGGCCGAGGCCCACGUGAAGAUCUGUCAGCGCUCCGCGGGCGCGGAGCGCUUCGCCACCCUGUACAGCAGCCGGGACCGCAUCCCCGUGUACUCGGCGUUCCGCGCGGCGCGCCCCGCGGCUGGUGGCGCGGAGCCCCGCUGGCUGGUGGAGCCGCAGAUUGACGAUCCCGCCAGCAACCUGGAGGAGGGGACUGAUGAGACUGAUGCCAUCGCCUCCGUGAACAACCUGGGGAGCAAGCAGGCCCUGAGUGCAGAUUACGUGGAUUCUGAGUACCAAAGAGGACAGCUGUUCCCGUUCUCCCUUGGCAGUGAUUUCCACGUGGCCACGUUCGCUCUCACAAAUGCAGCUCCGAUGACCCCGUCCUUCCGGGAGCGGUGGUACAUGAAUCUCAACAGCCUAAUGGACCGCGCCCUGGGCCCUCAGUGUGGCGGUGGGGAAGACCUGUAUAUCCUCACGGGCGCUGUGCCCUCAGACCGCAGAGUUCAUGGCAAAGUGACCGUCCCUGCGUUUGUUUGGCUGGCAGCCUGUUGUGCCGUCCCUGGCAGCGGCUGGGCCAUGGGCUUUGUCAAGCACACCCGGGACGGUGACGUCAUAGAGGACGUGAUGGUGAAAGAAUUGGAGAAACUGCUUCCGUUUAACCCUCAGCUGUUCCGGGACAACUGCGGCGAAACCGAGCAAGACACGGAGAGAAUGAAAAAAAUCCUGGAAGUGGUUAACCAGGUCCAGGACGAAGAGCGAGCGGUGCGAUCGGAAGAGGGUGCUAGUGCCUGCUCUAGCGCAAAGAGCGAGAGAUCUGCUCUGCUGCCCCCAGAGGCCUCUGAGGAGAGGAGUAGCUUUUGGGGCAAGUUGAUGUGCCUGCUCGUGACCCCCGUCAUCAAGCUUUUCCAGUUACUUUAUUAUCUUGCAGUGGGGAUCCUGAAGAACAUUAUGUACAUCCUGUGGUUUGUUACCAAGCAAGUGAUUAAUGGCAUAGAAAGUUGCCUUUACCGCCUGGGUUCGGCCACCAUCUCCUACUUCUUGGCCAUUGGGGAAGAGCUGGCCAGCAUUCCCUGGAAGCACUUGUCAUUUUAAAUCAUGCCCUGAAAGAGAAAGCAGUAUCUUCCAAACUUUGCUCUGCCUUCCACAGCUGAGCUGGAAUCAUCUGGAUUUUUCUGAACGUUCUAAAGAGUUGCCGUGAGGUAGAAAGGGGCCAAGUGUAAAAUGCUGAUCUUGGGAGUGCAGGGUACCAUUCAUCUGAAAGUUAGUUGCAAACACCUGGGAUCCAGAAAGGCAACAAGGAGAGAAUAAUGGGCUAGCUAUCUGCAGCUGGUCAGUAGACAAGAAAUGUGAGUGCAGUGACUUACAUUUUGCUGAAAAAUAAUUGAAUUGCACCCAGUAGAAGCGUAGCUCUCCUGACCAGUUGGCGGUACAAUGUUGGGGAUUACAAACACCGGACUAGUCCAUGAUAGGGGGAUAUGCGCUAGAUUUAUCCAAGAAUCUUGAGCAGUAGUUUACCAACACUUCUGUUCGUGAAUGUGAACAUCUGUAGUUGGGCUUCCCUUCAUUUCAGCGGCGUGGAGGUGCACGCCUUGGUAGUAAGGGGUGAGGGUUUGCCUUGGUACUAAGGGGUCAAGAAUCCUGCUGGCAGAAGGGAAGGGAAUCUACGAAGUAACGAGAGAGAUGGUCUGGCCAAACCCCGAACUGAUGAAGAAACCCAGGCACAGGGAGGGGCCAGGUUUGCCUUAGUUUCUUUGCUAGCUGAUGAGAGACCAGGAGCCAAGGUCUUUUGUACCUGUCCUGCCACACCUGGGAUGUCAGAUAACGUGUGCGUGUGUGUUACUACUCAGCUGCCUCCUUGGACCAUUGGCAGGGCUUUCUCCGUCAUCCAUCAAACAGAGCCUAGGCCCUGGCUCAUCAACGGGAUUCAGCCUAGGUGAUGAAAUGAUUAGCCGUCCAUGCACAGCCUCAUGCUUACUGCCUCCCGCAGAAUCUGUAUUCCCUCACAGUAUAUAUUUGCAUACCGACAAGGCCCAAAGGGGGCAUCUGUGGCAGCUUGAGCCUCUUGGCACCAUGCAAGAAACAGGGCAUCCAAACUGCUUCUUAAGAGCCAUUUGGAAAUGGCUUCUUUCUCAUCUGUAGUUGUUUAGUGUCUUAUUUAUUUAUUCUUGUGUGGCCUUUUGUGAAAUCUGGGAAUGAAUAAUAAAGCAAAAUAUAUCCUUAAGGUUAGGUGGCCGAGACCCUCCACUCUGGACCGCGAGGGUUGGCUGUGCCUCUCGUUUACCGGAGCUGGCUCUAGCAGGCGGUUGGACUGCUGACCUUGCCAACCAAGCUACUUUGGGCUUUGAGAUGAGAAUUUGAGGUGUGAAUCCGGAUCGAUGAACCCUGUCUCUGGCUUGAAGACUUUUCUGUGGCUCUGUUAUGUUCUCAGGCCCACGAGAGGUCAGCCAACUCUUCCUCAUUAUGGAGCUAAUUUUCUAGUCUGUGGAUCAGCCACGCCUUUGGACACUCCUGUUUUCCAUUGUGCCUUUUGAGUGUUGGCUUCUCACUCACCAUCAGCACUUCCACCUCAAUGCAGACUAGCGAGUUGGGAGAAGGAACUAGAAUGAAGCACUCGCCAUUCAGUCAGCCGUUCAUCUGUCAAACAUGCAUUUUUGAACAUCGAGGUUGCAGAGUUGCAGAGAUCAGCGAUACACGGAUCCCAUCUUGGAGGAGUUCAGGAAUCUAGUGGAGGAGAAUACACGGUACAAUGGAUAACCUGUAACAUAUCAUGGCUGGUGCUGCAGGGAACGUGCCCCCGGGAGCACAGGAAGAAAGCCCACAAAACCAUGGAAAUUAGGGAAGCCUUUCUGGAGGGUGUGACAAAAGCCAAUUGGACAUUUUCAAGCUAUGUACAAUGCUGUGCACCUUGCGAUGCUCAAUAAAGUAAUUACUGACAACUCA